ACUUUUAUUUCUUUCUUUGAUUGUCGUCGCUGAGGCGGUUGACAACUGUUAGUCUACCGUUUUUGUUUGGUUCGAUUUUUAAAAUAAGAAAACAAACCAUUCCUAUCGUCUUUUCACCUGGAAAUCAAUUCCGCGCUACAUUCAAUAAAUUCAAUCAUUCAAACUACCCGAAAAAUCUCCGACUUGGACUUGUGCUGGCGUUUGUAGAGUCAACCCUACAAGAUUUAAAUAAGUCGUAAAUUGGACGGCUAUAGCCAUCAGCUACCGCUAUAUGGCUGUCGAACGUAAUCCAAGUGGCAUAUAUUCUUGGAAACCCGAUGGAAUUGUAUAUAGAUCUGGAGAGACAGUUGUCUCAUUUACAUUGAACCGUUUCCGACGAAUAUCGACCAUUAACGACACAUCUCACGAACGUCUAUACUACUACCACAGGGCGGAGUUGGAGGGGGGACCCAAGUUUCCGGUUCUGCUUCAGCCAUUUCCUUCUGGGCUGCUCGUGUUUUUUUUUUUUCUCUUUCUUCUUCUUCUUCUCCUUCUGCUGCUGUGGGUAGAGGGGGGAGGGCCUUUGAGGACUUCCUCCACCUGGCGAGUCUGCAGCGCCGCCCUGGCGGAGGCAUCGAGCAACAGCAGGGGAAACCACCGUACGGGACCCAAGGGCCCUAGCUAUCGUCAGUUGUUCGCCAUCCUCGGCACCAAGUGGACGUACGCUGUCGUUUCUCUCUCGAAUUUAUUUGACCACAGUUGGAAGCUCUCAGGGCCCUCUGUCUCAGUUUAUUAUAUCACCAAAGUUUCACUUUUCUUCCCUAUUGAAUUUUUUAAAAUAAAAGAACCGUGAUGAUGAUGGAUAAUUUCGAGUGACAACUUUUGAUCGACACACUUUGACACCCUCCCGAAUUUAUUUUCACGACUCUUUUCCGUUCUGUGUGUGGUUUUCUCUGUGUGUGCGUGAGUGCGUGAUCUUUUUUUGGGUUGACCUACGACCUUGUGUGUGUGUGUGCGCCUUGAACUGAACGAAAAAAAAUCGCCAUGGCGUCAUCACCCACAUUGAUUAUGCUGAUGGUUUUAACCGUGGUCCAAGUGAGCCGAGCGUCUGGCGUGUUUGAAUUGCGCUUUGACCGGUUCCAAAACGAGUUGGGACGCGACGCCAAAGGUCAUUGCUGCGAUGGAUUCAAAGCGUCGUCGUCGUCGUCCAAUGGUGGCGUCGGCGGCGUCGGUGGUAAGUGCAGCGAAGCGUGUCGCACGCAAUUCCGCGUCUGCCUCAAGCAUUAUCAGACGACCAUCGACUUGGUUGGCGCUUGCACUUAUGGCGAUUUUUCGACGCCCUUCCUCGGUGACAAUUCGCUCGAUUUUACAUCCAACAACUCGGCUGGAUACACCGUCCGAUUGCCGUUUGAAUUCUCAUGGCCGGGCACUUUCUCGCUGAUUAUCGAAGCCCAUCACCAGACAUCCAACACAACAGACAAAGUUCUAGUGAUGCAGAUGGCCACGCAGAGGUGGAUGGACUCGUCGAACGCGUGGAAAGCCGAUUCCUAUUCGGACACGGAUGGAUUGCACUCGUUGAAUUACAGCUACCGCGUGAAAUGCGACGAGCAUUAUUACGGCGAUGGUUGCGCCAAUCUCUGCCGACCCCGCGACGAUAAAUUCGGCCACUACACCUGCUCGGAACCCAGCGGUGAUAAGGUGUGCCUACCCGGAUGGAGCGGCGAAUACUGCAGUAAAGCCAUCUGCUUGUCUGGAUGCCAUGAUGAACACGGUUUCUGCAACGAUCCCAACGAAUGCCUGUGCAAAUUGGGAUGGCAGGGAAAGUUGUGCGACCAGUGCAUCCGCUAUCCAGGUUGUUUGCACGGCUCCUGCCAGCAGCCGUGGCAGUGCUACUGCAACGAGGGUUGGGGCGGUUUGUUUUGCAAUCAGGAUCUCAACUACUGCACCAAUCACAAGCCCUGCAAGAACGGCGGCACCUGCUUCAACACUGGCCAGGGCUCCUACACCUGCACCUGUCCGACCGAGUACACUGGAACCGAUUGCGAACUGGUCAAAGAUGAUUGCACCGUCAUCCCUUGUCUCAACGGCGGAACCUGUUCGGGCGAAACGAACGCGACUUGCAAUUGCCCGACUGGAUUUCAUGGCCGCCGCUGCGAGACUUCUACCCAGCAAACGUGCUCCGACAAUCCCUGCCUUCACGGUGCCACCUGUGUGGACACGACCGACAGGGGCUACAUGUGCCUCUGCCCCGACGGCUUUGAUGGCGCCAAUUGCGGCCACCAGGUGGACGACUGCGCGGUGAAUCGCUGCCAGAACGGCGGGUCUUGUGUAGACAAGGUCAACGGUUUCAAAUGCAUUUGCCCGGCUGGUUUUACGGGCCCACUGUGCCAGACGGACAUUGACGACUGUCAAACGGAUAAUCCCUGUCUGAACGGCGGCUCGUGCGCCGACCUGGUCAAUUCGUUCCGCUGCCUCUGCGUGCCCGGCUUUACCGGCUCGCUGUGCCAAACGAACGUGGACGAUUGCCUGACUAAGCCGUGCUCCAACGGCGGUCAGUGUCACGAUCUGAUCAACGACUACCGCUGCACCUGCAAGCCGGGCUUUGCCGGCAAGGACUGCAGCAGCGAAGUGAACGAGUGCUCGGCCCGUCCGUGCCUCAACGGCGGCACUUGUCUGGACCGAAUCAACGAGUACAAGUGCCUCUGCCCGCGCGGAUAUUCGGGACUGCGAUGCGAACGCUCUGCUGCCCAGAAAUUGAAUGCCACCGUUCCGACGGUGCUGGGCAGCGCGUCUCGUCUCGGCAGCACAGCCUCGACUGACGCUUCGCUUUCUGUCGCCCAGAUCGUCAUGAUCGCCACCAUCUCGACGGCCGUCCCGCUCAUCGCCAUCGUCUCGUGUCUGGUCAUCGUUUGCCUCAAGAAGCGACGCCAAAAGGAGCAGCUGCGAUCGGACGAGGAGGCCCGGCGUCAAAACGAGCAGAAUGUCGUCCACUCCAUCAGCAAGAAGAUGGACAAGAUGGACAAGUGCUUGGAGGAGCACCGCAUCAUCAACACGCUGGAUUUCCCGUCUCAAUCGAAAGGCAAAUCCAUCAACGAGCCGGAAUUAUAUGCUGUGGUGCCGGCCACUAAAGAAACGUCGUCUGCCCAGCAGCAGCAGCAGUACAAAAUCCACCGAACGAGCAAAGCGCUCAACGUGGAAACGUUCAACGACAAGCUGGUCAACUCGUCGUCAUCAUCUUGUCAAUCGAACAAGGAGGUGAUGUCCAGUUGCGAGCCGACUUAUGUCACACUGGAUAAAAGACUUUCCGUCACUCCCACGUGUUCAUCCUCGCCGAGUGAGCACAAGCGACCGUUCCCGUUGCAGCACGAAGAUGUCCUCGCAACGUCGGUCUGAAAGUCGUCGUCUGAAUUGUUUUUUUUUCUCCCAACAUGACGAAAUAUUUUGCCUAAUUUUUUUUUUUCUAUUUGAAAAUAGUUGUUGAUUUGAAUUGUCUUUAUUCUUAUUUUUUGGCUCCGUUUUUCCCCCUUUUUUUACAUAUUUUUUGUAUUUUCUGCACACAGUCCAAAGAGACCAAAAUCAUUUUUGAUUUGUUUUCCCCCUCUGUAAAACUCCUCAAUCCCUCCCCAUACAAAAAAAAACCCACCUUUCUUCCUCAGACGAGAUACGGGACAUGAUCCUCCGGAUACUUGUUUACUAUUACGAAUACUAUUAAUUAUUAUUAUUUUUUUUUGCUAGUUUUUUUUUUCUGUUCUCAACCUGUUCUGACACAAUGUGUGAUAUAUGUUUUAUGUCGUGAAUUUACAACUACACUUCAAUGUUUCACCCAUA